AGCAUUUCACAUGAAAGGAGUUCAAAUGUUGACAUUGAGUCAUGAGGCUGUAAUGCAACACUGCAGAGGCCAACUGCUUUUUUUUAUAUAAACAAAAAAGAAAGAAACACCAUCAAGGUACAAGGAGUCACAUCUUCUCAGUUCUCUGUUCACUCCUGGAAAACAAUGUUUGCACCGGACAAGCACAGUCAGCAGCAGAAGAAAACGGCCCCUAAUCUCGGGACCAUUGAGGUGACACUGAACCAGUCAGAGUACCAUAGAGGAGAAUGGUUGAGGCUGAUGCUCGAAACUGACAAAGCCCGUAAACACUUACAAGACGAUGACAAGAAGCGACUGGACCUGCGGGUCAGAGACAUCCAGUUCCUGAAGAAGGAGUUGCAGCUGAAGUUGGAGGAGACCCUUGAGGAAAUUGAUACCCUUGAAGUUCUGCAGAGCAGAGUGGUGAAGGCCCUGGAGGCCUGUCGUGAACCCCUGAGAGUCACUCUUCUCUGUCUGGAAGAGAGGAAUAAACGUGUUCCUUGUGAGAGGGUGCAGGACGAGGUGGAGAGCGAGCUGCAGGAGGAGAAGGAGGUUAUUGAGAAUGUGUCUUCAGUUCUGCAGCAGGCGUUACAGCAGAUCACUGAGCAGAUACGACUGUGCCGAUCUGCCAAGUGUAACGUAGAGAAGGAUCUGAGGGAAAAGUAUGAGGCUGAGUGCAUCGACAACGCCUGCACCAUCAUGACCACACAUUCCGUCAAAAGCCAGGAACAGUACAGUGGACCCAACCCUGUUUUGGCAAGUCUGACAGUGAAUCCAAGGCAGUGGGAGGAAGUGUCAGAAAUCAACAUAUCCACAGCGGAGCAGCAGAAGACCAACUCAGUGUUCCUGCGCUCCGUCGUGGAGUCUCUGCUGGAGCAGACGGCUGGUGACAUGCGCAAGCAGAUCCACGCCACAACUGCAGCCUUUCGGCUCAACGUGCACAAAAUCAAGUCUACCAAGAGCCAGAUGGAGGAUCAACUGGUCAAGAUUCAGUCAGAGAUUGCCAGCCAGAGGAGGAUCAAAGAGGAUCUCCUGUUGAACAUCAAAGAGAACGAACAUUUCCUGAGUCUAGCCCAGGCCCGGCUGGAGCUGCGCCGUCAGAGGCCUCUGAAAGAACAAUGUCAUGAUCCGGCACAGGCGCAGCUCCUCGCUGAGGUCCAGCAGCUCGCUGACCACAUCAACAGACUGCAUGAGGCCGUGAACCAGUCGGAGGAGGAGCAGCGCUCUCUCACUCGCUGUGAGCUGGAGCUGCAGGAAAGCAUCAACAUGAAGGCCAUCUCGCUCUACAUCGAUGAAGUCUCCUGUGCUCAGUACAGGGAGUCUGUGGUCAUCCAUAACUUCUGAGUCAGCAGCAGCAGCAGCAGCAGCAGCCUGUCCACAGUGUUUCCGUCACAGCGCAUUUAUACUCACAAUUGUGUGGGAAGUUCCAAUUCAGUUUUAUUUGUACAGCGCCGCUUCAUAACAUACGUCAUCUCAAGGCACUGCACAUACGUGACGUUAUAAUGAUUGUGAUAGAGAGACCCGACAGGAACACAACGAGCAACACUUGGCAAUGGUGGUCUCAACACUGAACUACUGAAACUCUGUGACCACUAGAUGGCUGUAGUGGUCAUUAUACCCAUUCAUAUUUUAUUUGCAAAGCAUUUUAAUCAUCAGUGUUAAAUCUUCACAUAAAUAGAUCUGUAAAAAGGAGGCAGUAUAGGUAAUAUUAAAAACAGGACAUGACUUUUAAAUU